CAUAUUUUAAAGUCUGCAAAAACAUACACAUUUGCACGAAUUGCAGCAGCGGCGUAGCGGUUUUCUUGAUUGAUUGAUUGCAUUCACCUCUUGGUACUCAAAUGUCCAUGGAAAACAAAUCAACAGUCUCAGCGCUGCAAGAGUUUUGUGCUCAAGCCAAGACUGGCAAUCCCGUGUACGAUUACAUUGACGGCGAAGAGGGUGGCUAUAUUUGUAAAGUGGUGUUAAUGGACAUCGAGGCUUACGGAAAUGGGCGAUCCAAACGUGAUGCCAAACAUUUGGCCGCCGGCAACAUAAUGCGUAAACUUCGCAAGCUGGGAAACUUUAGCAACCUGGGACCAGCUACAGAUGAGAACAAUGAUGCGGCCAACGAAAGUUUGAUAAAUGAGCUGACAAACAUGAAUCGCGACAUGUUAAAGGAGCUGCGAGAUUAUUGCGUGCGUCACGAUAUGCCAUUGCCAACCAUUGAGAUAGUCCAACAGAGCGGUACACCAAAUGCUCCCGAAUUCGUGGCCUGCUGUUCGGUGGCAUCCAUCAAGCGUUACGGCAAAUCUGAUAAAAAGAAGGAUGCACGCCAGCGUGCUGCAAUUGAGAUGCUGACCAUUAUAUCGAGAGAAACGGAUCUCUUGAAUCCCGAUAGUCAGCUGGUCAGCACAAAGCCACAAAACUCGUCUGAUCUGGACUCCAAUUUCGAGGAUGUGGAGACAGAGCGACGUCGCAAGUUUAAAACAUAUCGUGAACUAACUGACGCUGGCGGCGAUGAGAAUCAAUCCACUAGAUUGUGUGAUCGUCACAACUAUUUUAAAAGCUACUAUCCACAUUUGAAGGAAGCUGCCUUUAAAGAGCUGGCAUCCAAUGAUUUCGAUUCCACUAAGGACAAGGCAAUGGCAGUACUCAGCGCCCUAAAGUUGACACCAAAAACUACUAUACUGGACACCACUUCCAUGGAGCCUUUAUUGUUCAUCGAACUGAACUGCGAUUUGGAUUGUGUGUUCAUGAAUUUAGAGAGCAAGAUCUAUGAUCAAAUGAUUAAAUACUUUGGAAACAUGCUGGUUUAGACUUAAUGAUCUCUUUUUAUAUAACAUUAGUAUAUUUGAACUAAUACUUAAAAACUAUUAUAUACAUACACAAGAUGCACUCUUGCACCUCGUACACCUCUGAAUUAAUGUACAUAAUAUAUAUAACUUUCUCUUAAUUAAAAUAAACAUUUGUUUAAUAAAAAUA